GCCGCCGAGAGGAGCUCGGUGGGCACGGGCGGGCGCGCCGCAGUGGCCGGUGUCCGCCCCGCUCCGCGCCCGCAACUUCCCGCAACAAAGUUGGGUAGCGGCGAGCCGGCCCGGCGGCGAUGUGGUGCUCGGCGGGGGCCCCGCGUUAGUGUCGCCCGCGCCGCCGGUGCGCUGAUUGGGGUAACCCAGUUCCGCCCCCCUCCACAUCCCUUCUCCUCCACCCCCGGUGAGACCCCCGCGGCCGCCCACGGGGAUGCGGACGCGGCGCUGAACGGUCCGCCAUGGAGGGGCCGAGCGGGUCCAGCUUCGGGAUAGACACGAUCCUGUCGGGUGGCAGCACCGGCAGCCCCGGAGUCAUGAACGGAGAUUUUCGCCCCCACGGCGACGGCCGGCCGGCGGAUUUUAGGAGCCAGGCCACGCCGUCCCCCUGCUCGGAAAUCGACACGGUGGGGACGGCGCCCUCGUCGCCCAUCUCGGUGAGCAUGGAGCACCCCGAGCAGCACCUGGGGGUGGCGGAAAGCCUCCCGCCGCCGCCGCACCACCUCCACCUCGGCCCGCACCCGCCGCCACCGCCGCCGAGUUUGCAGCCGUCGCCCCCGCAGCCGCCGCCGCCCCAGCUGGGCUCGGCCAGCUCCGGCCCCAGGACUUCCACAUCUUCUUUUUUAAUUAAGGACAUUUUGGGCGACAGCAAACCGCUGGCGGCGUGUGCACCUUACAGUACCAGCGUCCCCUCUCCCCAUCACACUCCCAAGCAGGAGGGCAGCGCGGCCCCGGAGAGCUUCAGGCCCAAACUCGAGCAGGAGGACGGCAAAGCCAAGCUCGACAAGCGCGACGACACGCAGGGGGACAUCAAAUGCCACGGGACAAAGGAGGAGGGCGAUCGGGAGAUCAGCAGCAGCCGGGACAGCCCGCCGGUGCGUGCCAAGAAGCCUCGGAAGGCACGGACCGCCUUCUCCGACCACCAGCUCAACCAGUUGGAGCGCAGCUUCGAGCGGCAGAAGUACCUGAGCGUGCAGGACCGCAUGGACUUGGCCGCCGCCCUCAACCUCACCGACACGCAGGUCAAAACCUGGUACCAGAACCGGAGGACGAAGUGGAAGCGGCAGACGGCGGUGGGCCUGGAGCUGCUGGCUGAGGCCGGGAACUACUCAGCACUGCAGCGGAUGUUCCCCUCGCCUUAUUUCUAUCACCCCAGCCUGCUGGGCAGCAUGGACAGUACGACGGCGGCCGCGGCGGCCGCAGCCAUGUACAGCAGCAUGUACCGGACUCCCCCCGCACCGCAUCCCCAGCUCCAGCGGCCACUGGUGCCGCGGGUGCUGAUCCACGGGCUGGGGCCCGGUGGGCAGCCGGCCCUCAACCCCCUGGCCAACCCCAUGCCCGGCACCCCGCACCCUCGGUGAAACGGCACCGCGGUCCCCGCAACGAGCCCUUCCCCUCCCCGUCCCCAAACAAGCCCCAGCACCGCAGAGGAGGAAGCGAGGGGAAGCCGAGGGGCAGGAGCUUCUGCAGGCAGCCACCGGCCACCGAGGGAGGCGAUCAGUCAGAGCAGGGACUCUUGAACCGUGAACCCAGAGCCAAGCCCGUAAGUGAAACGACCACACGCGGGGGAAGGCGGGCAGAGCCGCGGGGCGACCCGCCGACCUCGGCUCCUGCGAGGCAGGACUUGGAGCUCGGAGAGAGAGAGGGACGGAGGGGGUGGAGGAGGAAGAGGGAGAGGGAGCCCGAGCCCGCCGGAGAGACUAACGGCUGCGGAGGACGGAGGGAAUGAGAGCGCCUCGACCCCCGCCCGGCAGAGAAGACCGGGGAAACGGAGAACUUUGCACUGAUUUUUCUCAUGACCUUUUUUUUUUUUUCUUAUUGCAAAGUGGCAUGCUCCCUAAUGCGAACAGAAUUGUACAGACCGAGUGCUGAGUGCUAUAUCAUAUUUAUUAUAUGUCGUCCAAAAAAAGGAGAAAAAAUUUCACUUCUAUACGUUAGUUUAAAACGAACGAACGUGGUUCUUCCCUAUCCCUUUUCAUGUCUUUUUGGAUUCAGUAAAAUAAAUGCUUAGAUGAUAAAAUAUAGAUUUUUUUUUGUGACUGAAAAAUUACAGGGGAAAGCAAAGCAAAAAAGAAAUAAACUUUAUCUUUUUUUUAACAAACUUGAAAAUUCAAGGUAGCUAAUUUCUCCGUGACAAGAACUCAAGAAAUUCAGAGUAGAAAAGGCAGAUGCCACUUUUUAAUUUUCAGUAUUAUACUGAAUAUAUUUUGAGUUUUAGGCUUGUUGUUUCUUAACUGGCGCUGUUUUUCCCUAUCUGUAUUUUAAAGGAAAAUCAAAUCCCCCUGCAGGUGUCGUGCCCCUCGCUGUUAUUUUAAGCACCUGGGCAGGGUGGCGGCGGGUAGAGGCUCUGGCCCUUGGGGGCGGGCGCGACGGGACCGUGCAGGACGUGGGGAUGUGGCCCCGGCCCGGCAGCUGUCUCUGCACGGAGCUGGGACAGGCAGCGAGCGCCGGCGGUCGGGAUGUGGUCAUACAGUGUCUCUCUAUGGACAAAUCCAGAAAGCUGCAAGGAGCUGGUAGCUAUGGGUUAUCCUCUUCUGCGUGGGAUUUCUAAGUUGUUUCCAGCCUUGUGGCGUCACGGCAUAAAGAGACGUGCUCAUGGGGAAGAAGCUUACCUUUAUCUUCUACAUAUGAAGCUGACUUCCCAUUGGAUGGAGAUCUGUUCUUGACGUAUUUCAGAACCAGAGAUCAUAUCAUGGUACACAAGAAAUCUGAUUCUGCAGAACUGCAAAAUCCAAAGAAGAUAAUGAAAAUUCAUAAAGAAUUGAUAAAAAGAAGAGGAAGGAUAUUCCUGAAGAAGCAGUUUCUGUAGGAGAUCUGUAGGAGAGCUUCUAUUACAGAAGUACUUCAUAAUAAGAUAUCCUUAAAGCACUAGAAGUGAUAACCAUUCAAGCUUCCCACAAGUGCAUUGCCACAGGAGUCACGAUUUGUGAAGAGAACGUAGAUGUGACAGGAAACAGCUCACAGGUUUCUUGAUCACUACAGAACAAACCAGCAUUAAUGGCAGUUUGCAAUAUCAAAAGCUUAUCAAGCAUGAUGUGGCCUUCCAAGACUCUGUCCUUAGCAUGCUCUGGAUCGCCCUGUCCACACAUGGCUCUGCUUCCACUGCUGCUAACGGACUGCUGGGGGAACAUACCAACUGACUUCAUGAAAUGCUUUCCUUGAUGAGAUCUUCUUCCAGCUUGCCUGUACUAAAUAGCUGAUGGCUUCCUGCAACCUUUUGGACCCACACUUCAUUUUCUUGUACGCUACAGUCGAGUUCCCUCGUCUUGCCUUGUUAUGAGCCAGCACAUGAUGGGUGAGCUCCCAGCAUGCCUUGAGGUACAUCAAGAGCAACAGAGAAAUUAAGACAGCAGAUCUACUUCAGCAAAUUAGCAGCAACAGCAGGCUCUGUUGAGGAAGUUCUUUUGCAUGCCAUCAUUUUAGUUUUUCACUAUGGAGUAGUUCUAAAUGGCAUUUAUAUUUAAGUCAGUUUAUUAUAUUAUUCCAGCCAUAUAAAGAUGUACUAAAAAUUUACCAGCUCAGGCACAAAAUCUACUCACCCACUCUUUUCCAAGGUGAUGAUAAUGGACCUCCUCCCUUUUCCUGCCUUCUUCCCUCAAAUUAUUAUAUUCUGCUUGCCUGUCGAAACAAAUCACCCAUCUUGGGUGAAUAAAAUUUUGCAAGGCUGCAGUAUGCAGAAUGACACAGUUGUUGGGGUUUUUUUACACUUUUUGCAAUUGCUCUCUGCAGAAGAUUUCAUGCUCCUUCCUUAAUUUUUGUAUGCAAGCCAUUUACUGAAUUCUGACACAUAUAACUUUGAUGCAACUCUGACAAUGCAACACCAUUUUUCUUCUAUGAAGAAUACUUUUGACAUUAUUUUCUGAUAAUUUCUUUAAUUAAAUCAAAAAAGUAACCAGAAAAGAAUGGCUUAGAUCAAGCUUUUCUUUUUGUGCCCUCAGUUUCAAAGUUCUUCCCCACAUUUUUGCACUCAAUGGAAAUUUUAGCCAAAUAAAGUUGUUAGAAAUUACAUUUUACUGUGGUGUUUGUACACAGACCAGCAUGUCCAGUACUGGGCACUGAGGGGUGACUGGUUUUAAAGGACCAAACUCUGCCUGAUAGAAAAGACUGAUAGCAGCUGGACAGGAUACAUCCUGCUCCUGACCUCCUCUGGCCUUUAGGUACCUCAAUAUCAACAAAAAAUAUUUAACCAUCACCCACUCGAGCUGUGGUGUGUGAGGGGAUAUGGAUUGGUCUCUUUCACUGACAUGUUCCAAAAGGAACAGCAUGAAACCUGAGUUCCUGCCAACAUUUCUGGGUGUCCUAUGAGCCACCUACCCUACAGCUUUUCCUGCAGGAGGAUUUUUCUCCCCUUUGUGAAGCAACUCACCACAAUAAACUUCCAACAUUUGCCCCAAACCAAGGACUUGGUUGUGCAUUUUGCAAAUGUGUUGUUUUGGGCACUUUACCUGCUUUCUUUUCUAUUCAAAAAUCAACAUGACACUUGCAAAGUAGCUCUUUUCCUCACUUCCUUGCCUCCUGCAUUGUCAGAGAUGCUGAAAAUCAAAAAUAAAGUAAUCAGUUAUUUUAAGCCAAAGCUUGAAAGGGUAUUAAUUCAAUGGGAUAAACUGCAGUUAAGUAACUUUUAUCAAGCAAGCUGGGUUAGAUAGUUAAAAGAAAGAAAAAAAACCUCUAGAAAACAUACAGUAGGUAGCAGUUUAUGUGUCAAGAAAACUGAGAGAAAUUUUGACACUCUGAUGUCUAGCAGAUAGCACUUAAAUCAUUUUUCUCCAAACUUCAGUCAUAAAACUUCAAAGAGUUUUAGCCAUAAUACAAAUUUUUAGACUAAGAAGCGGUGUUUGAAGUUAUUUUAUAGGAUUUUGCUGUAAGGGCUCAAAUUGAUUUGUAGUAAGAUAAAAGAAGAAAACUUUAUUUUCGAAGCUUUGUCGGAAAAAGCUUAGCUUCCAUUGGCCGUUUUGCCAAUAUGCCUUGAGGGGAUGAUGAUGUCGACACGGAUAUUAUAUGCCUAUACGAACUGAACUGAGUUUACACCUCCUGCUGUUUGUGUUAUGGUUAAAAUCUGUCACAAAACUGGCAGUGAUUUAUUAAAUGUUUAAUGAAGUAAGACAAAAACUUCAAGAACUACAAACGGAAAAGUAGAACAUCACAUUAAAGUAUAAUAAUAUAGGUUACACUUCUGAUUUUUUCAUAUUUCUUUUGCUAAAAAUGUGAAAAACACAAUUAGAAAUCAAGGCAGUAUCAAAAGAUUAUGGGGUGUCACAGAUCAGUCUACCAAAGGUUGUGCUUUGCUUGUUCACUUUUUUCUUUCUAAACAGAGGAAUGAAAAAAAGAAUAUGAAAUAACAGUAUUCUCACAAAAAAACCACAACAAACCAACACAAAGCAAAACUCAAGCCAGCAUUAUAGAGUAUGAAGUCUCAGCCACAGAAAAUUUUCCCUGUUAGGUUUUCAGACGAUCAAUAACAAAUGUGACUCAGUGCUAUUUCACUAUUGCUUCAUGUCUUCAGUUAGAAGAAUAUUCUCCAUGUUGCACAUUUUAAUGAUGUUUUUCUAAUAAACUAUUUUUAAUUUUACCUAAUGAACUUAAUUGGAAUUAUUAUUUAUGUUAGAAAGUAAUUCUUGAAUGCAAAUCUCCAAUUUAUGUUAUUUUCCAAUAGCUUUCAGAAAUUAUCUCUACUUGUGAUACAACUUUAUGUUUUCCAUGUUCUAAUAAAAGACAAUAUUUGUAUAA